AUGCUAGUUUCAGUAUCUGAGUCCUUCCAUCUGGAGCACCUCAGUCGCUUUGACUGGAAGAAGAGCAUUCGACCAGGCGAGGGAUGCCCUAAAAAGUGCCACCCUGAGCGCUGUCCAGAUGUUAGGCAGCUGCAGGGUUGUCCAGCCAGGCUGGUUCGUGACCAGUGCGGGUGUUGCUGGGAAUGUGGAAACGAUGAGGGGCAACUGUGUGACCCGGAGCCCCGAUCUGGGUCUACUUUUUACGGGCGUUGUGCUGAAGGUCUGCGCUGCAGAGACCCCACAGGUGAACCCAGAGCCAUCUGUGUGUGCAGUAAGCAGGAAGCACUCUGCGCUUCUGAUGGAAAGACAUAUAAAAAUAUAUGCCAGUUUCAGGCGGCCCAACACAAGCAAGGCAAAGGUCAGAUGCUGACAAUGGUGCACCAUGGACCCUGCAAGUCAAAACCAGUUAUCACUUAUGCUCCCCGUGACAUCGUCACAACCAAAGGAAGUGAUGUUAUCUUUUCCUGUGAGGUGUCAUCAUAUCCAUUGGCCUCCAUCCAGUGGAGUAAAGAAGGAGUCGUUAUUUCUUUUCCUGCUGAUGAUUCAAGCACAGCUGUACAGGCUCGCGGGGGUCCGCGGCGGUUUGAAUUGACCGGCUGGCUCCAGAUUCAAGGAGUUGGGCCGAACGAUGCAGGUGUGUACACAUGCACCGCCAGGAACGCCUUCGGAGAGGUGUCUGCCUCCGCCAGAUUACAGGUUACACAUGGAGGUUCUCAGCUCACCAAAGAGUUCCGUAAAAAAGAAAACGGAGCUUAUAGAAUAUCAGGCGAAGAGGAGAAUGUCGAUGAUGAAGAUUACGAAGGCCAGCCGAGUGGAUAUAUGUAUUUGUAA